AUGGCAGCCCAAGAGUCAUCGCAAAUGGAGACGUUCCUAGCUGCUUGGAAUGACGCUACAACGCCCUUGGACACACGUAUAAGAGAACAUGUACUGAUGUUUACAUCUGACUCUGAUCCGAUGACUCUAAAUCGUCAGGAUCGGAUGAAAACGUCUGCUAAAUGUAACAAGAUCACAGAUUCUUGUCGUCCCUGGGAACAUGGUGAUUUUCUAGCGCGAGUGGACAGCUUUUCUAUUGCUUCGUGGUUUGCAAAGCCAGAUAUAAUCAGUGUGUUUGAAUGUGCUCGUUGUGGAUGGAGAAAUACAGCGUCGGAUCAACUAUAUUGUGCAUGUUGCAACCAGUUUCUUUGUUUUAAAAUUGAUAGUAAAUUAAGCGAAAGUGGUGCGUUGAACGUGGCAAAGACGUUUGCUGGUCAAUUGGUCACGGGUCACACCGAGCUCUGUCCGUGGCGUGGGAAUCCGUCGCCACGAGGUUUCAUGAUGCUUCCGAUUGCGACGAAGCGUCAAGUCUAUGAGAUGUUUGUUUGUCGUUUAGAAGAAGACAUUGCACGGCUUCACAAAGACACAGAGUUGCAAAAACAAAUGGAAUGUGUCAAAAUUGCUGAUGAUGUGACAUUCAAGAUAUUGCAAGAAGCGAAUGGUACUGCAGGCGUUGCAGUUCCUCUGGAUAUUGCGACGUUGACGUCGAAGUUGUUUUCGACUAUAUCAAAUCAGGACAAGAGAUCUGUGAACUCGAAAGCGCUCUUGAAUGCUGGAAUUUUGAUCGUUAGUGGGUGGCAGUUCGACAAGAAAGAAGGUAGUCAAGCAAACACGCUUCAUUGUAGUUUUUGUAAUCGACGCUGGCAAGUACUUCCAACGACACCAACUAAGGAAGGCGUCGGAAAGAGAGAGCCCACAGCGAAGCGUAUGAAGGUCGAAAUAGACUGGAGUGUCGAUUCGCUAUCACAACAUCGACAUUUCUGUCCAUGGAUUGUGGACCGCCAAUCCACAGGUGUGGAUGACUACGGUGAGCUUGACCCUAAGCUGUGGGAGUUUGUGAAGCUGCCGGGAUGGAAGCAGUAUGCUCAGGCGCUAGUUUUGUUAGAACAGUUGGAGGUCGAAGCUGUUGUAGCUAUUGAUCCAAGCGAUGCGACAGCAAAUAAAUGCGGAACGGGAUGCAAGUGCGUGGUGCAUCAAUCAAAUCGUCGUUCAAGGAGUAUUUUGCGUCGCACUAAAAUGGAUGACGACAGCGCGAAGGUGAUGUUGUUGCUUUGUAAUAAGAGUGAGCUGAUACCGAAGCUGUACAACUGA